UCUCUUAUUGGUUCACCUAGUUUAGUAUGAGACAGGUGCCUGGCGCGUAGUUGGCGAAUUGCGGCAAAAAAUCCAACAUUUUCGAAAAUUUCAAGCUGUGACUUAGACCAGUGCCAAUAUGACUAGUAUAGAGACAGUUGGGACUAUCGUCAUUAAGAUACUUAAAGUGGUUCUGAACAUCAUCAUCCUGAUCCUGUACAGAACCGGUUUUCAAGGCUAUUUCCUUGGAGUGGGAGGAACAUGGAAUUUGAACGAAGAAAAGAACCCCGACGUCGAAAUCGUAGCUUCGGGAGUCUUUGUUGGAUACAUCAUAUACACGCUAGUAGCUCUGAUAGCUUUGUGCUUCGCUAGCGGGGACCACAAAACUACCUUCACCGACAUUUUGAUGAACAUAAUUGGCGUCUUCAUGUGGGUCGCAGUAGGCGCUACAGCUCUGCACUACUGGCAUGGGUACCUCUUUGAACACAAGUACCAGAUGGUAGACUCUGAGAGAGAGGUCGGUCUCGCUAUGGGUUCCCUGUGUAUAAUAAAUGGGGCGGCGUAUCUCAUUGACUCCGUUUUAGGUAUAAUAUUCCUGAUCAAAACAAAAUUGCAAUAAAUUCACCCAGUAUUACAAAUAAACCAGGAUUGGUCCAUAUAGUUCGUUAAAAUUUUUAUUUAUUUUUACUUUUGUAAAUAAGACUUUAUUUAGUCUUGGUCUACACAUAACCAGCACUGUACUACAUGACAGUUUUUUUUUUCUAUCCAGUAAUGAUUAUCGUUUUUUUAUUAGUGUUAAAUUCAGGGAAUCCCACCUAAGAGGAGCUAAAUAAUUUGUUAUUGCAUAGCAAUUGUUUUCAGUUAAAGCCUAACAAAGAUUUUUUGGUACUGGAAGCGUUUUAGAAUUAUUAUCAUUUAUACGGGGUGUACCAAAAAAGAAAUGGUGUCAAAAACCGUUUUCUAACUGGAACAGCCAGUUUACUUUUACAUAUUUCAAUGGUAAUACUUUUACAUAUUUCAAUGGUAAUAACAAUGGUGGCCAAGACCCUGGCAAACAUAUAGUUCUUAAUAUACACUUUUUUGGUACCUAUGAAUCCUUACUAUUAGAGACUGUAUCUUGCCUGGGGAAUUUGACUGAAAAUAACUGAUACAAUUAUUAAGCUGCUCCUUUUUAUUGCCAAAUGCUGAGAAUAUGUUAAUUAUAUUACAAAAUGAACAAAUAAAA